CUCUCUCAGCUUCUCUUUUCUCCCUCAACUGUGAUUUUCAGUUAUAGAUUAAUAAAGGAAGUGCGUGGUGAGGGUGGAGGGGCCAGUUGUCAGUUGCAGAAGUGAAACAAGCCAGCAGAUCUCCACAGUUGCACACGCAGUCACACUGUGUUCUACUAGUGCUCAAGAAGACUAACAAUAAGAAGCAAAGUGGGCUAAAAGUACACAGAAAAGAAGACAAGAGUCAUCCUGUGCCAUGUUGGCUGAAGGUUUUCUCAGAGUGCUGCGUUACAGGGAGGAAAGAAAAUUUGCGUCUAAGCAGCACAAAACACAGGCACACGCUAACCGUACGGAUCCGUUGAACUGUGAUCUCUCAAACUCUACAGACCUACAGACAGAUCCAGCAGAAGCAGGUCCAAACCAGGAACAACUAGACUCCAACCAUGCCAGUGGGCUGAGAGUGCUGCCUCAAGGUCCUAUGGGUCUCUUAAUCCCUGGCUGUUCACCCAUCCUCGCCCUGGACCAUGACCUAACAGUCUGCUUAGACAGUUGUAGCCUCUUGGAGCAGUAUCCAGACAUACAGGUGGCUGACUCAGGCGUCAUCCCACACAACCCACUGAGAGCCACCAUCACUCAGCGCGAGUUGUACACUCAAUCUCCAUCAGCCUCUGAGGUUUGCACAGCCCAGCAGGAUCUGCAAAAUGAGCCUCUCUCAUCGAUACCAGACCAGGGUUAUCUGGUUAUGGGGGCCAGUGUGAACAUCAGCCUGGAUCUGCCCGGCUCAGGGUUGGAGCCUAUGUCUAAUUCGGUGCUGAACGGGCUGCUGGACAAACAGCUGGAGGAGGUGUACCUGCAGCACCUGACUGACAACUUGGCUCGGUGCAACUCCCACCUGGGGAACAGCCUCCUGCAUGGCCUGGUGCCGCCCCCGCAGCCCAGCAGCCAGGCAGAGGGGCCAGAAUCACUGGAGGCCAGUCUGGUGGAAAGCGGCAGGAAGAUCAGCUACCUGAGCACCCACAACUUAGCUCCCUGCUCAUCCACCUUCAGCUCCCCUGUGCUGCGGAUUUCAGAGGCUGACAGUACCCAUCUCCAGUGAAGCAUGAGGGCAAACACCCAGAAAGAGUAUUAAAUAUGGAAACUGAGAAGUGUAAACAACUGUAUUUGCUGUUAUUUUUGUUUACCUGUAUCUACACAAUGUCUUUGUUUACUUGCUAGAUGAAAUGAUGCCUCAACUUUACCUGCUCUCAUAUGACACCUGCUGUUAGAUUUAAGUACUACAUCACCCUGAAUUUACCAGUUAUUCAUUAGAAUUCAUGUUACUGACAUCAUAAGUGGGUGUGUGAAAGGUAUUUAACAUAUUCAUGCAAACUGUGAUCUAGUGUGAGUUUAUCCUGUACAGUGAAGAAGCCUUAUAAAUAGAAAUGUAACCUAGUGUUGAUUAAUCCUUCUGGUCUAAAUGAAGUAAAAUAAAAUAAUUAUUAAAUCA